GAGAGAACGAGAGAGAACGAGAGCAGGGCGAGCGCGCGCUCGUAUGCUACGCACGGCUUGCUGGGCUCUUGUCCUCCUCUUGUCCUCUGUGCUGGGCUCUGUGGCUGGGCCUUGUCCUCUUCUUGUCCUCCUCCUCUUGUCCUUGUCUUGGCCGCGCCCCUGAACUCUGUGGCCGGUCUCUGUGGCCCGGCUUACUGGAGAGGAGUGUGGCCGAACAAAUAGCGAUGUCAAUGCCGACAAAAAUUCAUUGAUGAAACAGUUUGCUCUUGGGGUGAAAGUAGGGCGUACCAAGAAAUCGAUUUUUGACUAAUAUUGGUCUAAACGAAUCGUUUUGAAACUGUUUGGGGUCUAUGCUUGUAUAAUUUUCUGUUGCUAUCGCAAUGCGAGAGUCAGAGUAGCGCGGUUAGCUUUGCUGCUCCAAGGAACCCAAAGAAAUCUUUUGCAGUCCGGACAGGGAGUUGCACAUCUACAGGUGCUUGUGUCCAAAGUCCAAACUUUCCAGCAGAUUAUCCGAACGAUGAAGAUUGCAACAUUUGGGCAUCUUCCGAGGAUCCAAUCUACAUCACCCGAUUUGAUGUAGAGUGGCACUUCAGCCGCUUGACCAUUGGAGGCACGUAUUAUACUGCGGGCACCCCGCCUCCACAAGGCAACGUCGUCAGCGCCAACGAAAUAAGUUGGACAUCUGGAAGCAACCUUAGAGCCUCAGGGUGGCAGUUGUGCUUCUCUGAGACGAGGUAUGCGAUUGACGCGGUGUCCUGCGACUUUGACGCAACUACCUGCGGGUGGCACUUUAGCGUGUUGUCCCCGUGGCGGCACGAAGAAAGCGAGAGUCCUAGCAACAGUUCUAGUAGGAAUGGUUUCUUAGUGGUUGACCAGCCACAGCAAUCAGGAAUUUUCACGAAUUUGUUUGAAUCAAAUCAGCACUUUGAGCAGCUAGCGUUCCACUACCGUUCAAAACAGAUUUCGGCCAAUCCCAAACUGGAACUUCGUUGUUUGGCUGCGACGUCGGCCUUGGAUUCCUUCACUGUCUCUACGAUUUGGUCUCUUGAGUUCAUUGAAGGCAGCAGCAAUGAUGAUUGGCAUGAGACCAAAGUGGUUGUGCCAGCAUAUGCACGUGGCUUCAUGUUUGUGUCUGCGGGAGUAGAAGCAUCUAUCGACAACAUCUAUGGGAGCAGCAAUAUGGAAAUUCCUUCCGCCUAUCUUUCGGUGGGUACCUUUGUAUCAUGCAUGCUUUUCGUUGGUACUGAGACUGUUCGUUGCUGGGGCGCCGGCUCGUUCGGAAUACUUGGGCAAGGCAGCACCCAAAACAUUGGUGAUGAUCCAGAUGAAAUGGGAGAUAACCUGAAGCCCAUCGAUUUGGGUACAGGUCGAACAGUGAAACAAGUGGCUUGUGGGUCAGCACACGUUUGUGCUUUGCUUGACAAUGAAGUUCUGAAAUGCUGGGGAUAUGGGUUGGAAGGACGCCUUGGUCAAGGUAACACAAAAAGUAUUGGUGAUGGGCCCAAUGAGAUGGGAGAUAAUCUGGCACCAAUCGACUUGGGCAUCAAUCGAACCGCGAAAACAGUCGCAGCUGGAGAGCAUCAUACCUGUGCUAUACUUGACAACGACUCCCUGAAGUGCUGGGGCUCCGGCUCGUUCGGAAAACUUGGGCAAGGCAGCACCAAAGACAUUGGUGAUGAUCCCGAUGAAAUGGGAGACAACCUAGAGCCUAUCGAUUUGGGUACAGGUCGAACUGUGAAACAAGUGUCUCUUGGGAGAGAUUUUACGUGCGCGUUGCUUGACGAUGAUUCGCUGAAGUGUUGGGGAUAUGGAGGAAAUGGAAACCUUGGCCAAGGUAGCACAGAGCAUAUUGGCGAUGAGCCCAAUGAGAUGGGAGACAAUCUGGCACCAAUUGAUUUGGGCCCCAAUCGAAAGGUGAAGCAUGUCGUCGCUGGAGGUUUGCACACAUGUGUGUUGCUGCAUGAUGAAACGGUUCUUUGCUGGGGUUUUGCAAGGCACGGCCAGCUAGGGCGUUGUUGCGCAGAAAACAUUGGUGAUAGCGAACAUGAGAUGGGCUACAGUUUAACUGCAGUUGAUCUGGGCUCAAUGCGAACAGCAAAACAAAUUACCGCCGGAUAUAUGCACACUUGUGCUUUGCUCGACGAUCACUCAGUCAAGUGCUGGGGGCAUGGUGUCUAUGGUCAGCUUGGCCAAGGAGACAAUUCUCAUCUUGGUGACGACGCUGAUGAAAUGGGAGAUCUCUUGGAACCGAUCGAUUUCGGCGAAGAUCGCAAAGCAAGGCAGUUGGCCUCCGCCAGCGGCUACGAUUUUCACUCAUGUGUUUUGCUUGAUGACGACUCGGUCAAAUGCUGGGGAUGGGGAAAUGCUGGAGUUCUUGGUCAAGGAAGCACUGAUAGCAUUGGUGAUGCUAUGGCUGAGAUGGGUGACUUUUUGCAUCCCAUCAAUUUUGGCGCCCUGUCAACUGUCGCGCAGAUUGACAUUCGCCUGUUUGGCGGUAGUAGCAUGCGAGGCCGGCUUCAGGUUCUGCACCGAGAUUCAUGGCGUGAUGUGUGUGACGACAACUGGCACGGCGCCGACGCGCAGGUUGUGUGCCAACAACUUGGGCUAGCAGGUGGCGUCGCAACAUGGCGUUUGGUCGGCAGUGGGCAGUUCUGGAUGGAUGACGUGACGUGUGUCGGUACGGAAGCCAAUCUAGGACCUUAUCCCAGCCCUUCAGCCCGAGAGGGACACACAGCUGUUUUCGACUCGUUGAAGCGGCAUAUGUAUGUACUGGGAGGCUUCAAUGCUUCGUACAAAAACGACAUGUGGCGCUACAAAGCACCAGACUUCCAAGAAGUGCCCAUGAGGGAAUGCUCCUUGGGCCAGGAGUGUUCCAUGGAGUUCGCAGACGUUCAAGGGACUCAAUCGUGUGACCUCGGAUCCCAUUGCCUUGUCUAUGGCUUGCAGGGCACAAGGCUUACAAAGGAUGACAAGCUGCUCGCCAUGAAAGAGUGUGGCACCUCACCGGCAACCUCCGCAUUUGUAGACCCACAACCAGUCCAUGGAUCAUACAGUGGCUUGGGCAACGUUACCUUUGACUUUGGGCUUUUGCCAUUGGAAGGUUUUGCAUCAGAGACUGUUCAGCUGUGUUGGUGCUCAGCUGGAUCGACGUGCAGCGACCCGGAGGACUUCCGCACACCUGCCAUGCAGCUGGAUGACGAGGCGCUGCCAUGUGUGUCCUCCGGGCUAUUUUUGCCCCGGUGGGGUCUCUUUCAUGGCACAGCUCAAGCAGUGCCCUUAUGGCAGCACUUCAAGCAGGAGCUCGAGCUCUCUGCAAGCCUGCGA